GCUGCAGCGUGUCGGGCUGGAGGUUGGGUGGGGGGUGAAAGUUCACCAUCAUGGCUCUCAUGUAUCAGGUGACAAUGUGGGAAAGUUGGACACCGCGAGCCGCUUAAAUCCAAACCAAAAACAAGGCUAAAGGAAAAGAAAAGAGCAUGACGAGUGAGAGAGUGUCGGCUGUGAGCGCAGAGGAAGAGGAGGACGCAGCUCUGGGUUAUUACGACGACGAAGACGACCUGGAGGCGUUUUCAGACGGAGAACUGGGCUGCGAGGACGGAGUGUUGGGCUUCAGUGAUUCUCUGAAUGGAGAGGUGAAACCUCGUAUCCUGUUGAUGGGUCUGCGGAGGAGUGGAAAGUCUUCCAUCCAGAAGGUGGUUUUUCAUAAAAUGUCACCCAAUGAAACCCUUUUUCUGGAGAGCACCAAUAAGAUCUGCAGGGAGGACGUCUCCAGCAGCUCCUUCGUCAGCUUCCAGAUCUGGGACUUCCCUGGCCAGAUCGACUUCUUCGAUCCCACCUUUGACUAUGAAAUGAUCUUCAGAGGCACUGGAGCGCUAAUCUUUGUCAUUGACUCACAGGAUGACUAUGUGGAGGCUCUGAGUAGACUGCAUCUCACAGUGACCAGAGCCUACAAAGUCAAUCCAGACAUCAACUUUGAGGUGUUCAUUCACAAAGUGGACGGCCUGUCAGACGACCAUAAGAUUGAGAAGCAGAGGGACAUUCACAAACGAGCCAACGAUGACCUUGCAGAUGCUGGCCUGGAACAAAUUCACCUGAGCUUCUAUUUAACCAGUAUAUACGACCACUCCAUAUUUGAGGCUUUCAGUAAAGUGGUGCAGAAGCUCAUCCCACAGUUGCCCACGCUGGAAAACCUGCUAAACAUCUUCAUAUCAAACUCAGGUAUUGAGAAGGCCUUCCUGUUUGAUGUGGUCAGUAAGAUUUAUAUCGCCACAGACAGCAGUCCAGUGGACAUGCAGACAUAUGAGCUGUGUUGUGACAUGAUUGACGUGGUCAUUGACAUCUCCUGCAUCUAUGGUCUGGCAAACAGUGAAGCUGGUUUACCCUACGACAAGGAGUCUAUGGCAAUCAUUCAUCUGAACAACACCACAGUCAUGUACCUGAAGGAGGUUACCAAGUUCCUUGCCAUGGUUUGCUUCCUCCGCAAGGAGAGCUUUGAGAGGAAAGGAUUGAUUGACUACAACUUCCACUGCUUCAAGAAAGCCAUCCAAGAGGUUUUUGAUGUUCGAAUAAAGGUUCAACAGAAUCGUAAACUCCUCAGUCAGAGGAGGUGGAGCAAACUGACUGUGACCAAUGGAGUGCUUAACAACCCCCACUGAGGACUGGUGACAUCACAUCAGCCAGGAUGUAUCUGAUCUACCCCUGGUAAUAUCCAAGAGAAGUUUUUCAUCUUACUGGGUGUUCUAUUCAGUCUGUUCAGUCCACCAUCCUCUAGUUUGUCUCUCCUCAGAAGCAGCUAUGUGUCAGCAGCAGAGAAGACAAACUGUCUUUCCCCAGGCUGACUACAUUUACCGGACAAAAAUUGUUUUCAAGUAGGCUCCAUAAGAGGUGUACAGGAAGAUUAAUUAGUCUUAGUCCCCCACCCUCCAUAGCAGGUGGGGGUUUUAUGCCUAUACUGACCACAGAAACUCAUACUGUAGAUAGAUAGCAUUUACCACAUACAAACAGCAGUAGAUUUGUGGGAUUUGAACAGCUGCUUGUAAGAUUACACUGCGUCCUGUGACAUUCUGAGACAGGUGAGUGACAGAUGCCAAAAACAAUCAUGUCAAGGUUUUAACCAUUUAGUUCAACAAUGUUUAGUCUGGUGGUGUACAGAACAAAUCUAAUUAAGCUUGAGCAAAAACCCCUCACUGCAGAGCCUAAUUCACCUAUGCACUACAUUUAAUAAACCUGAACACAUUCAAACUUCACACAACCAACCACUAAUACAGGAGCAAGGAUGCAGCGCUCAGAACUGUUGUUUGCAGACUGAAUAAAUACCAGAUGUAUACUUACUGCAUUCAGAAAGUGAAUGAGGAAAAACUGAGUAUAAAGUAUUCAGACCCUUUACUACAACACUUUAGACUUAGCUCAGGAUCAUCUUUGAGGUGUUUCUACACCUUAUUUGUAAUGCACCUGUGGUAAAUGUAAUUGAUUGGAGAUUAACUGGAAGUUAAUGAAAGUGGAUAAUGAAUAUCAGAGCAAAAACAAGGUAUGAGGUUGAAGGAACUGUCUGCAGAGCUCAGAGACAGGAAUGUGUUGGGAUACAGAUCUGAGGAAAGCUACAAAAAACUUGCUGCUGCAUUGAAGGUUCCCAAGAGCACAGUGUCCUCCACAGUUCUUACAUGGAGUAAGGUUGGACCAGGACUUUGUCCAGGCGAAGCCUCUCAUCAGUGAAAGUUUGCAAAAAUGGCCCCAAAGCUGAGAUUGAACUGUUUGGCCUCAGUUCUAAGCGUCAUGUCUGGAGAAAACCAGGCACUGCUCAUUACCUGCCCAGUACUGUCUCACUGGUGAAGCAUGAUGGACGCAGCAUCAGGCUGUGGAGGUGUUUUUCAGCAGCAGGGACAGGGGACUGGUCAGGGUUCAUUGAGAAAAGUACGGAGGUAUCCUUAAUGAA